AUGCUCGACCUGCACAAACCCCCGCCCUCGACCGACACCAAGACGUACUUCUCCCACUCCGCGCUCCCCGCCUACAUUGAUGCGCUGCACACCUCGGCGAAGAAAAAGCCCUUUGCCACGUUCCUCGCGCACCCGCACAGCCACACGCUGGAUCUCGUCCUGCCCGCCGAGCUCUGGGAGCUGGUCGAGGCCCACCUCGCCGCGCGCGACGCCGUGUACGCCCGCGCCUGCAUGACGCUCGCCAAUGUCCUCGACGAGCCGUUUGCCGACGCGUACGCACGCACCGGGCGCACGAGCUUGCUGAGCGAGGGCCGCGCCGACGCCAACAUGCGGUUCCAGGUCGACGACGGCGUGCUGCGGAUCGACAUGCACCGGUCUGCGUACGAGCGCGCGGGUCUCGUGGGCGUGCCGCUCGCCGACGGGGGAAAGAAGCACGCCAGCGCGCGGUGGCGCGUCGAGUGCGACUUGAAGCUCGCGAGCAUGCGCGCGGGCAACAAGGGGUUCGAGCGCCUGCGCUGGGCGGCCCGCGAGGUCCUCACCGACAGCCUGGCCGUCGUGUUCUGCAGUGCGAAUCCCGGGUUUGCCGAGAGCGUGCGCGACGGCCGCGAGGUCCUGAGUCUUCACGCCCCGCGCCUUGUGCGGCUGCAGCCCAAUGUCGCCGCCCUGCGUGGCGUUGUCGUGCCGAGGCUGGACGCGCCGUCUGCGCUCCACGGCCAGGGCGAGGCGCUCUACGGCCAGGGCGAGGCGCUCGCGCUGCUCGAGUGGCUGGAUCUGCUGAGCCUCGGGUCCGCGCGCGUCAGGGCCGGCAGCGCCGAGGUGGACGGCCAUCUGUGUCGCUACGACGUGCCCGACUUUGGCCGCGGCGUGGAGACGCGCGACCUCGUGCGCGUGCGCUGGCGCGGCUUCAUCACGCCCGCGUUCAUCAAGGAUGUCUUUCUGCACGUCUGGGCCGCGGCCAAGGGCCCGCGAGCCGCGACUGCAGGCCCCGCUGAUCACGCCGACGCGUGGUUCUCGAUGAGUGCGCAGGCGUUUGGCGGGAACAACGGCUGGUCGCUCAUGCAGUUCGCGAACCGCGAGACGCUGGUCUGGGAAGUCGAGGGGUGA